GACAAAUUUUGGUGAAACAAAAUAAUUCCUCAAAUGUCACGGACGUGGUCGUUUCAGUUAGGUUCGCGUCCACGAGCAGUAACGACGCAAUUGCUGUUUCUGAUACUUCAACCCAACGAUCGGGUCACUCUGCUUACAAUACGUGGGGAUGGAAUGGAUACCCAAACACGCCGCCACAGUACAUUUACGCCCAAGUCGAGAUCACCCUUCCGCAAAUACCAAGAACCUCUUUCGUAUCAAUCUUCACCGACAAUUACGAUAUCCUAUUAUUUCCCAACUCGAUUCCUUUCUCGAAUCAGAUAUUGGCCACAACGGCUAACGGAAACAUAAAUUUGUCAUACUUUGCGUCUUCCAGUGUGUCACUUCAGACUUCCAAUGGAAACAUAAGGGGAUCCUUAUAUUCCGUCAGGCAACGACUUUGGGCAGGUUCGAACAACGGAAAUAUUAAUUUGAACACCGUGAUCGACUCAACCGCAAAUGGUGUCGUCGUUUAUGCCCAAAGUUCCAAUGGGAACAUCAACCUGAGAUUCGUAAAUUUUAGAGGUCAAUUCGACGUCUCAACAAACAACGGAGACAUCACGAUCUCAAACGCCCGCGAGUCAAACGGCGGUGGCAACAAUAGGAAAUUCGGUAAUGUUGGCGAUGGUAAUUAUACGUUAACCGCCAUUUCUAACAAUGGUGAUAUGAAUGUAAUCUUCUGA